AAAAAUCCCUCCCCUACAUACGUCUCAAGGCUUUGAUUGUGUAUAGGACAAAUUUGCCGUUCAGAAAAAAGCCAAAACACCGAAAAAUGGCGACAUUUACGAAUCCGUCACAGUUGCUCCCACUAGAGUUGGUUGAUAAAUGUAUUGGUUCUAGGAUCCACAUCAUAAUGAAGAAUGACAAGGAGAUAGUUGGAGUCCUCCUGGGAUUUGAUGAUUAUGUCAAUAUGGUUUUAGAAGAUGUCAUAGAAUUUGAAAGCACUCCAGAGGGGAGACGAGUCACAAAAUUAGACCAGAUUUUAUUAAAUGGAAAUAAUAUAACUAUGCUUGUACCAGGAGGAGAAGGGCCAGAAGUCUGACCAUGUGUUCAUGUUAUUGUAUAUAUGCUGAAUUGGAGAUGUUAUAGAAUAAAUAUGGAGGUCACAUAAACUCUGGCUUAACUGAAAUGGAGAAAUCAUUCAGAAAUAACUUCACCUACAUUGUAAAGGACCUUCGGAGUAUUAGAAUGGUUCCAGUUUAUGUCAUGGGACAAGAUGUGAAGAACUAGAGCACGACUUUUUGCUGAUCUUUUUAUGACUGAAUGUUAUUUUUUCAUUGUGCUAAGAAAAUGUCUUUUGUGAAAAUGUGUUAAGAACAUUGAAACUAAUAUCUGAAGUAUUUGAAUUGGGGUCUGAAAUCUCAGUUUCUGUUAUUUGCAAGGUUCUCUUUCAUUCUUGUGUUUUAACUGACCUGAGCACAAAAUGCUUCUGGUGAGCAUUUAGGAUUGUUGAAUGUCUGUUGCCAACAAUUUCUUUGAAGGAUAUCUCAUAUUUAUCUAGUAAACCACUUUCAAUAAGAGAUGUCCAUGCAAGGGCAUAAUACCGGUAUCUCAAACAAUCAAACAAGUUUAAGGUAUUUCUGCACAUUCAGAUUGAUUUUUUUUCUACAAUGUAGAAAUUGUUUAAACUCCGAUUUUUCAAAUCUUCAGAGUAUACUUAGAAAAUUCAGCAAAUAAAAAAGUUAGGGUCGUGUGCUUGAUUUUUUGCUAGACUGAUCUGAAAAAUUUGGGCCUCACGCAAUUUUUCAUAAUGGGAGUCCAUGGGAAAAUCAUAACUUGCAUAACAUUUUCGGGAAUAAGAUUUUUUCUAGAAUGUAGAUUUUAAUGAAACUUCUCACAGUUGUAAAUAAGCAUAUGACCUAUAAAUUGGUGAAAUAAAAGGUAUAGGUGCUUGUGCUAAUUGUUGAAAUAUUUGACCUUGAGUCAGAGCUCCAGAUAAGCUUUGGGUGCAAUUGGAUAUUUACCCAUCACUUUUUGUCUGAAAUGGGUAUUGGAAAUUUGAAUUGGGUAAAAAUAAUAUCAUUACCCAGCCUUUUCAGAAGUAAUUGGGUAUUUGCUAAAACCAAUUGGGUAUUUUACCAAUCUCGCACUAACAAUUGAGUAUUUUUUGCUUACAGUAUACAUGGUAUAUAUAUCAUUAAACAGGACUGACUAAGUAUUUUAAUGGCGCCCUUCAAUGUUUAAUACAAAAAAUGUAUUUAUAAUUGUAAUGAAUGUUUCAUACUGUUGUUUUCUUUUUCACUUUUAAUGCAGUCUGAGAUCAGUUCAUCCACAAUAUCCCGAACGAUGUGGUCACCGCAAUAUGCAUUCUCCCAAAAGAUGUCAUCUAGUAUUGGUGACACUACAUCGUCACAAACAGAUAACUGUCAUUGUUGAACAGCAAAGUAUCCCACUAAUUUGUUUGUUUGUGCUGCAACAAUGUUUUUUCCUGCAACCUCUUUACAUUUUAUCGGCGUAGUUAUAAGGAAAAUGCGAUACGCAAGCUAUUUUUUACGAAUAGGGUAUUAGGAAUUUUAAUUGCGUUUCAGUACGCACACUGUAUGAAUUCAAUUGGGUUUUCUGCAAUUUUAAUUGCAUAAAUACGCAAAUACGCAGCUUAUCUGGAGCUCUGCUUGAGUAAAGUGAUCCACAUGUUUCACGCUAAUUUCUAGACAAUACUUUGAGUUAUUUAGCAUGGCAGAUGUUCUAAUAUCAUAUUUUGACUUUAGAAAGAUAGUAGUACUGCCAAUGUAAUAAAUUACUCAUAGGUUGCCAUUUAUUCAUAAAAUGAUUUUCAUUUCCGUAUGCCGAAUCCAGGCUUUAUUCUACGUUUUCCAGAUAAAUGACGUUACGCCAUCACUUCCGGUUUAUCAAACGUGCAGAACUACCUUAAUAACCAACAGGAUAGUUACAGACACACUCAUGAGUUUUGGACCUUGAAUUUCUUAAAUUUUCAAAAAUUGACACUGUCUAAUAGAUAACUUAAGCAGUUCUGAUCCAGUAUUCACCUAACUAAAUCAGAAUAUUGUUUGGCUUACUAUCUUGGCCAGGUUUGGUUAUUGGCUGGAUAGUCUUUGUCACAGUGGAGUUAUGGCCCUUGAAUUAGUUGAUCUUGAGCACAUUGACAACUAGUAUGCUCAGUAAGUACAGUAUUUUAAUAUCAAAAAUAGUUUACUGUGAAAGGAUUAUUUUGUGACAGUUUAGCAUUCUUGUUCAUAUUCAAGUACAUUGGCAUAAACUUUGAUUAUAAGAAGACAAUGCAUUGCAUGCAGGAUAUAUACCCCUAGCUAAAAGGUCAACAGGGGCAUCAGUCCUAUGGACACAUUUCUAGUUUCUGUAGAAAAUAUUCAAAAACCUAAUUUUCAUCUUUUUGUCAACAUUGAGUGGAAAAAAUAACAUCUACAAAACAUUUUCAAAUCAUUUCACUCAGCAUUUCAUUGUAAAUAAGAAUACAUAAUAAAACUGUUUGUAGAAAA